CUCUUCUCCGCACGUCAAGGCGGCAAUGGAUCAUCCCAUCCACCUGAGAGAACAAAAUGAAGACGCGAACAGAGCGAGUGAGGAAGACUGGUUUCCACAAAUCGGAAAAGGGGAAAGAGAAAGAGAGGAAUCAAGCCUCCAUCUGCAGAGAGGGAGUCAGGAGACAUGCCUUCUGGCAGGAGCUGAAGAAGACAGCUGUGUUUGGUGUGGUAUUUUUAAACGCAUCAAUGCUGCUCCAAUCCCUGCGCCUCGCCUGACCUAUUUUUAGCCAGGGCUGGCCAUUGUUCUAUUUCUGUCACCUGUGGGCCACGCAGUUGUUGAUUCACAUGCAAAUGAAGCCUGCUCCCUCCCUGGCUUGCAUUACUGCCUCUGCGAGGUGCUCAGUAGACAGCACGUUGCUUUCCUCGCCGCUCAGCUUUGCAUUUUUCUCAGUCUCUGCUCGGGCACACUGCUGAGGAAAGGAGGGGGAGUAAAAAAAAGGAAAAAAAAAGAAAGAAAAAAAAAAGGAGAGACAUAGGGACAGAGGCAGAUAAGAAAAGAAGCAGGACUUGCGGUCUUCUCCAAACACCGUGUUAGUGUUUGUGAACAGGCUGGAGCGAGGCGCCCGGGAGAGCGGCAGCCCUGCAGAGAGAGUGUGCGCGCAGUUUGUGUUAUUGCUCCACAGCGAGAGUAGUUUCUCGGGCGGAGGAGGCAGAGGAAGGGAGAGAGUUGCCUGUUGUCGUGGUCUCUCCCCUGAGUGGCUGAGGGGUGGCUCUUGGUGACAGGAAACGCAAGACUUGCGAUGAGACCUGAGCGCUGAGUGGAGUAUGCUGCAGACGAUUUACGAGGGCGAGUCAAGUUUCUCCACAACAGACGGGCGCGUUGGACACCAGCAGCUCCCCGACCAGAGCAAGAUGCACAACGUCAACAACUCAGUGGACAUUAAACCGGACGUGCCGUUGACCGUGGAGCCCCUGUCUCCGUUGGACCUGCGCACGGAUCUGAGGAUGCUGGGGCCAGGCUCGGACCCGGGACUGUGGGAGCGGCAGCUUCAGCAGGAGCUGCUCCUCAUUCAGAAACAGCAGCAGAUCCAGAAGCAGCUACUAAUCAGCGAGUUCCAGAAGCAGCACGAGAAGUUGACCCGUCAGCACCAGGCUCAGCUCCAGGAGCAUCUCAAGCUCCAGCAGGAGCUCCAGGCCAUGAAGCAGCAGCAGGAACUUGCGGAGCAGGAGCGUCGUUUGGAGCAGCAGCAGCAGAACCAGCAGGAGAAGGAGCAGGAGAGGCAUCGGCGAGAGCAGCACGUCUCCAGCCUGAGCCUCAGGGGCAAGGAGCGCUCCAGAGAGAGUCUCACAGGUGCGGUGGCCAGUACCGAGGUGAAGCAGAAACUCCAAGAGUUUCUGCUGAGCAAAUCAGCAAAGGACCCCGCCAGCAACGGAGUGAAUCAUUCUUUCAUUCACCAGCCAAAACUCUGGUACACGUCCUCUCACCACACGUCACUGGACCAAAGCUCUCCACCUCUGGGCGGCGCAUCCCCCACCUGCCAGUACACCCUGCCGUCACCCAUAGAGAGCAAGGACGACUUCCCCUUGAGGAAGACAGCCUCUGAGCCCAACUUGAAGGUACGAUCCAGGCUGAAGCAGAAGGUGGCGGAGAGGAGAAGCAGCCCGAUGCUAAAGAGAAGAGAUGGGAACAUCAUGACUCCUUACAAGAAGAGGGCUCUGGAGCUGAUGGACUCUACGCCCACAAACAGUGCCCCCGGCUCUGGCCCCAGCUCUCCCAUAGGGGCCUCCAGUGCCUUGGGGGCUGAAAAUGGACCCUCCUCUCUGCCUACCACCACAAAAACUGAGAGAUGGCCUUCCCAGCCCAGAUUAUUUCGUCCUGAGGGCUCCGUGUCCAUGCUGAGCCUAUACACGUCUCCCUCAUUACCCAACAUCUCCCUGGGGCUUUCAACUGCAUCCUCACCCAUCAGCGCUGCUAUGGGGAUGAAAGACAGAUCCACAGAAAUCAAGCACGGGCUACCUGGCCACCUGCUGGGACCCGUGCCCCUUCAGACGGGCCUGGAGUCGAAGGUGAGCCCCAGUCACCAGGCUCUCCUCCAGCACCUCCUCCAGAAGGAACAAAUGAGGCAGCAGAAGAUGCUCUCCUCUGGCCAAGGCCCCAUGUCGUCCCACCCUCAGUCUCCUCUGGCCAUGAAGGAUCGGCCGCCCAGCAGUCGGCCAAAACUACCAAAACACAGACCCUUGAACAGAACCCAGUCGGCGCCGCUGCCUCAGAACACGCUGGCCCAACUUGUCAUCCAGCAGCAACACCAGCACUUUCUGGAGAAACAGAAACAGUACCAGCAGCAGGUCCAUAUAAAUAAGCUGUUGUCCAAGUCCAUCGAGCAGUUACGUCAGCCCAGCGCACACCUGCAGGAAUCGGAGGAGGAGCAGGAGGAGCUGCACAGAGAGGAGAUGGAGAGCAUGCAGGAGGACAGGCUGCCCCCUGGAGGAGUCAUCCGGAAGCACACGCUCAGCAGCAGCAGCAGCGGCUCGAGCAGCGAGCUCCCGGACGCUCACUGCGGGGUCAUCAAGGUCAAGGAGGAGCCGGCCGACAGCGAGGACGAGGCUCUGACCCACCAGAGCUUAGAGGCGGAGCAGAGCGCGUAUCUCCACCAGGUCAAAGGGAGACUGGUGAUAAGAGCCGUGAUCUGAGGAGUGAGGAGGAUGAGAUCACACACUUGCAACAUUCGCAAAUAAACAAGUCUGUACAAACACGUGCAUUACAUCCCUGCAGUUUACACAUAUACAUACGCACACACACAGCAGCCAUAGCACAGUAGGCCAGCUCUCCCAGUCACAACAUACGACCCCGUGUCACUCAGCUGCAGCCUCACUCGCCCCACACUCUUAAGACUCUGUUUGUAAUCUUGGUGUAGUGAUCUCUGUAAAAUAUGUAUGUUUCACUCGUGUAAAUAUGAAGACGAUUUAAAUCAUUCUUUUUAAGAGCUGCUUUGGUCAUCUCCGGUCUGCUCGACUGACAUAAAGUUAUAUGUACAUAUACUGUGGAUUUAGCAGCCAAGGUGAUUUAUAGGGGGGAGGCUUGAGCAGGUGUACAGCUUUGAUGAGCCACCUUGUGUUCUCGUCGUGUUCAUUUAUUUCCAUAAAAUCUUUGAGCGCCACCUCGUCACUGAGAAUUAUCAGUAAGUCCUCACUGCGUCUUCAGGAAUUUUAGACACUAAAUCUGUGGUGAUGUCCCGCGUUAAACGGCCUCAGACCCGAAACGGCGAACGUCCGUCUAAGAGAGGACGUGCGCUUAAAUCCUAAGAGGGGAGAGGACUCUACCCCCGUAGGGUAGAGCCGGGAGUGACGCUGCCGUCAUUGGGAUAUAGUCUGCUGCUCACGUUGCAAUUUGAAGGAUAACGCACUAAAUCCCAGCUAGGAUGUGCAGGCGUCUCCCAACACAUCCCGAGUCUCCGUGUCUCUGUCUCUCGGAGCGGUCCCAGAGCCAGGGCCCUGUGUUCGGCCGAGCUCUCCUCCCUCUCUCCCUCCGGGUCCAAAUCAAAGCUCGGCCGAGUUCCUGCCCAGCUUUCAGCAGAGGAGUCAGACAGAGAGAAAGAGAGAGAGGGCCGGGCAGGAAAUGCCUUCUAAGAGCCAGGAGUUGGAGUGAUUCAUGUGUGCAGGAAUGUUGAGAGAGGAGGACCUAGGGUUGGAGGAGUCCAAGGGGCCAGGCUUGAGAAUUGAUUUACUGUCAAAGCGAAUUACAAAGUGAGUGGGGAUAUGGUUAAGGGAGUCCUUUUUAAAGGGAAUCGUUUCCUUCAUAUUCCCCAGUGACAUGCUUACCUCAACAUGCAGGUUUGAUGUUACUUCAAUAAAAAAAAAAGAGAAAAACCCUGGACGGGACCUUGCUUCUUCUUCUUCUUCUUCUUCUUCUUUUUUUUUUCUCUCGGUGAAACUACUUUCCCCUGAAAGUGCCCACUGCGACAUGUAUAGUCUGUCUUAAAGUGAUCAAUCAAAUGUAUUACAUAGCCGUAAACCUUCCUGUUUCAUUUGUACCGUCAACUAAAUGUAAAAAAAAAAAAAAAAAAAAAAAAAAGAAUAAUUAUGCUAGUGUAAGGUUCUGUGUUUGGAUUCAUGUGAAAUCAGAGUUGUCUGUCUUAUAUUGUACAUUCAGAUCGUCCCGUUUUAAUGUUUUUAGUGUCAGUAAACACAAUCAGAACAAUGUGAGUCUUGUUCUCUUGCUCCUUUGAUUUGGUUGUAAUGAGAACCCCUUUGCUGCCAGUGGGGGGUGUGGAUGCAGAGGGAGCUGGGGAGGUGGUGGUGGGGAGGUUGGGGGGGUCCUGUGGUCUGUUCAUAGCAGUUUGCAUUUCUUCUCUUUGUUGCCUUGCGUGAUAAAACUUUCUUUUUUUUUAAAUAAAGUUCAUUUACCUCUGAA